AUGAAUAUAUAUUUAUACAUAUAUAUGUGUGUGUACUCUGUGGACUAUUUUAGAUAUGUUGAGGCAAAAGAGAUUGAAACAAAACUUAUUGGAUUUCUUAAUAACAAUAAAUUUGCGGAAGCUUAUGAAUGUGCAUCCGAAGCUCGUGAAAAUUUAAGCCGUGCGAAAGCAGCAAGCCUUCCAAUUUUUCUACGUCGUUUCACAACAUUUGAAGUUUUGAUGCGAUGCACAAUGCAUGGAGCUGGAGUAUUGGAGCGUCAGAAGAAGUAUGCCAUAGCCAUCAGCUGGCAACGGUUUUUGCUCAAAACACCUGAACUAAGGCCGUUUUGUUCGAGUCAUCGUGGUGCGUUGUGGGAUCGACUGGCUCUAAAUUUAGAUGCACAUAUGAAAGAGCGCGAAGAAGCUUUAUGUGAGAUUGAGGAGGGGAUGAACGAUGACGCAGUGGCCGCCAAGGACAUGCUUAUGUUGCAGGUAUUCUACCCAUAUAUUUAUAACAUUUACUUCAAGGAUGAGAUGAGGUGCAUGAAAGAAAUCUGCGGAGUUGUCUUAUCUAAAGAUCUGGGCGACUCGCGCGUGAAUCGGUUUGUACUAAACGACUCUGAUGGCCACUGUGUGGAGUGUAGUGUUGAAGAAGUGGUUCGGAAGCAUUAUAUAGAAUUCGAAGAAUUCAAUAGUGGGGUUCACGCAGAAGGUUCAAUUUGGCAUACUGUACUGGGCAUGCUGUUCUAUGACAUUAUUUUCGAUAACAGCGUGGAAAACGUAUGGUUCAGUGAACUGCAGACGAAUCCGAUCGACUUGAAUUCUAAAUCUCUUUACGAUAACCGUCAAGAACGAUUCGAUGAGAGAUUUAAAUGGGUAGGAUCGGCUACAGAAGAAGAACUGACUGAAACAAUACUAACGACGUGGAAUGCACGAAGAAAUGUGGAAACGUCUGAAAUCAAUUGGGAGCUGUUCCAGGACGAAUUUUUCUUUUGCUGUCCUCGUUUGGGCUUGCUAUCUAUUUUAAAACGUAUAGUAAUGGACUAUCGAAAUUGUCGUAGUGGAUUUCCGGAUCUUACCAUGUGGAAUACGCCGACGAAGACCAUUGCGGUGGUUGAGGUUAAAGGUCCCGGCGAUCGACUGUCAACAAAACAACGCCUAUGGCUUGAUUUUUUCACAAGGCAAAACAUCAGAGCGGAAGUGUGCCAUGUGAUUGGUCGGUAA